GCAGUUCUCUUUAAUCAUCAUCUUCUUCUUCCUCCUCCUCCUCCUAGUUUCCUAUUCUGUUCUUUCGUUAAUUUCUACUCUGGCCAUAAUUAAUUUCCUUUCUAGCCAAAUUAAGAUAAAGAAUAUACAUCAGUCUUAUUAAUCUCCCUUUCCAUUUGUACUACAUGAUCUAAAAGAUAUGGAGAAAAUGAACAGUAAUAAUAACAACAACAACAGCAUUGGUCUUCCACCGUCGGGAUCAUUGGCGAGGACAAAGUCCGACCAGCUGGUGGAGAAGGUGGCGGCGGCGUUUAAGUCUCCUCCGGCAGCUCAAAACGACAUCGUUGCGGCUUCGUCGGGGGAGGCGGGCAGCGGGUCCCUGUUGAGGAAGUCGAGCCGGCGGAUGGUGACGGCAGCGUCGCCGGGGAGGAGCGGGGGAAUCGCGGCCAGCAAGAACACGCACAUAAGGAAGUCAAGGAGCGCGCAGAUGAAGUUCGAGCUGGACGAGGUCAGCAGCGGCGCGGCUCUGAGCCGAGCCAGCAGCGCCAGCCUCGGCUUGUCGUUUUCCUUCACCGGCUUCACCGUCCCUCCCGAUGAGAUCGCCGAUUCCAAGCCCUUCAGCGACGAUGAUAACCCUGAAGAUCUUGAAGCUGGCGUGCGAAAACCGCAAUUUCAAAGUGAACCUACAUUGCCAAUUUAUCUCAAGUUCACAGAUGUGACAUACAAGGUAGUAAUCAAGGGAAUGAGAGCAAAUGAAGAGAAGGACAUAUUGAAUGGAAUAACUGGGGCUGUAAAUCCAGGAGAGGUUUUGGCAUUGAUGGGACCUUCAGGUAGUGGAAAGACAACACUCCUAAACUUGCUUGGAGGGAGGGUAAUCCAGCCAACUGUUGGAGGUUCAAUUACGUACAAUGACCAACCAUAUUCCAAGUUCCUAAAAAGCAGGAUUGGAUUUGUGACUCAAGACGACGUUCUGUUUCCUCACCUGACGGUGAAAGAAACGCUGACAUACACAGCCCUCCUACGACUGCCAAAGAGUCUGACGAGAGAGGAGAAGGAAAAACGAGCAAUAGAUGUCAUCUAUGAGCUAGGCUUAGAGAGAUGCCAAGACACUAUGAUUGGUGGCUCCUUCGUCCGCGGAGUUUCUGGGGGAGAGAGGAAGAGAGUUUGCAUUGGCAAUGAGAUCAUAAUAAACCCUUCUCUUUUGUUUCUUGAUGAACCAACCUCUGGCUUGGAUUCCACAACUGCUUUGAGAAUUGUUCAGAUGUUGCAUGACAUAGCAGAGGCUGGAAAAACUGUCAUAACGACAAUCCACCAGCCAUCGAGCAGACUAUUCCACAAAUUUGACAAGCUGAUCCUCCUAGGGAAAGGGAGUUUAUUAUACUUUGGAAAAGCAUCAGAAGCUAUGGUUUACUUCUCAUCUAUAGGAUGUUCCCCAUUAAUUGCCAUGAACCCGGCAGAGUUCUUGCUGGAUCUCGCGAAUGGAAACAUCAACGAUGUUUCUUUGCCAUCAGAACUAGAGGACAAAGUACAAAUGGAAAACUCAGAUGCUGACACAAGGAAUGGAAAACCGUCUCCAGCAGUUGUCCAUGAGUAUUUAGUGGAGGCAUAUGAGACAAGAGUUGCAGACAAGGAGAAGAAGAAUCUUAUGUUUCCUCUCCCCCUUGAUGAAGAGAUCAAGUCAAAGGUGUCGAAUCCGAAAAGGGGAUGGGGUGCAAGCUGGUGGGAACAGUAUUGUAUACUAUUCUGGAGAGGGAUCAAAGAAAGAAGGCAUGACUACUUCAGCUGGCUGAGAAUCACCCAAGUUCUGUCCACUGCAAUCAUUUUGGGGUUACUCUGGUGGCAGUCAGAUGGCCAUUCUCUUAGAGGCCGGCAAGAUCAGGCCGGGCUGUUAUUCUUCAUUGCUGUGUUCUGGGGAUUCUUUCCUGUCUUCACUGCCAUUUUUGCGUUUCCUCAAGAAAGAGCCAUGCUGAACAAGGAACGAGCCGCUGACAUGUACAGAUUAAGCGCAUACUUUCUCGCAAGAACAACAAGUGACCUUCCACUUGACCUGUUACUCCCCAUACUCUUCCUUCUUGUUGUAUAUUUUAUGGCAGGCUUGAGGCUCAGCGCCGGACCCUUUUUCCUAAGCAUGCUUACAGUUUUCCUCUGCAUUGUAGCAGCUCAGGGACUUGGGCUGGCUAUUGGAGCCACACUAAUGGACAUAAAGAAAGCAACAACUCUGGCUUCAGUAACAGUGAUGACCUUCAUGUUAGCUGGUGGAUUCUUUGUGAACAAAGUUCCGGUGUUCAUAUCUUGGAUCCGCUAUUUGUCUUUCAACUACCACACAUACAAGCUUCUUCUCAAGGUGCAUUACGGCCACAUCACGCUCGCUGUUAACGGACUCCAAAUCGACUGCGGCUCAACUGAAGUCUUUGCCCUGGUAGCCAUGGUUUUCGGAUACCGAUUCUUGGCUUACCUUUCUCUACGAAUGAUGAAGCUUCAAUCUGGUGCUUAAAGGGGCUAACAUUUCUCAGAAAAUAGAAGCAGUUACAGAUUUGGAAAUUGUUCCGAUUUUUCCGGCUCUAAGGCCUAUGUGUGCUUAGACCCGAGUUUCAUAUCAACUAGAGAAAGCUAGUAAGGACUGAGCUGAAACUUCUGCAUUCCGUGAGCUAAAGGAUUUGUGAAGUUUCCUAAUGUAGCAGGUGACUAAUACGAGUAAAAAUUGAAGACAAGCUCAUCAGAGUACAAUGCAAAAACAUGACAUGGAGAUAUAUAUAUAUAUAUAUAUUUGCUCAAUAUAAGACUAGAGUUAACAGGUGGUACUUGAGAAAGAAAUUGCAGUACUUUAUAUAUCAAGUGUAAUUGACCAAACUUAAUUGGUUGGUUCAUUUAGCAACCGAUUUCUAGAAUUUUCUUGUCAAUUGCAAGGAUGGAAAUGUAGCAAGACACAAGUCUUUGUGUAAUCUCUAUCAAUUGAUUGAAACAAAAUAGUAAUCAAAGUAAUCCCUCUGUUAUUCAAAGAAAAAAUAAAACUGCCUAUGUAUACAUUUGACCAUCAUAUCCAACUCGGAAAUAAGAC